AUGGAUAGUCCAAGGUUUGAGAUGAUGAAACUACUGUCCAAAGAUUAUUUUGUGCAGUAUUUACAGGAGAAUAAAUUAAUUUCACAAGAUAAGAGAUGUUCAUGCCGUAAUGAAAUGUCCGUAUUACCCUUCCAGCGUGCAACAGACGGCGUUACUUGGAGAUGCCGCAAGUGCAAGAAAACUGUCUCAAUUCGGAAGAAUACAUUUCUAGAAAGAAGUCAGUUGCCAGUCUUCAAAAUUUUUAGCAUAAUAUUAGAUUUCAUCUGCGAAAUGCCAGUAUCAAGCUCAAUGUCCAUGAACAAUGUCAGCAAGUGUACGGCCAUUCAAUGGUAUCAGUAUUGCCGCGAAAUAUGUUCGAAAAUAUUAAUAAGAAACAGAAAGAAAUUGGGUGGCCCAAAUCAUGUUGUAGAAGUAAAGAAAUGUUUAAUGUUCAAAGACAACAAUCAAGUUGAACAUGUUGAACAGUCAUUCUGGGUUGUUGGAUUCUACGACAACACUCAGAAGAUAGGAUACAUGCAACACAUUCCAGAUACAAAGGCAGAGACAGUGGAGGCGGUCAUAAUGGAAAAUGUAGUACAAGGGUCCAUUAUAUUUACAGAUGAGUGGGCCAGUUACCGUGAACUCCAAAGACUUGGCUAUAUCCACAAUACUGUGGACCACUCUCGGAAUUUUGUGGACCCAGAGAGUGGUGCAACUACCAAUCAUGUGGAGGCAUAUUGCUCCCGAAUAAAAAGUAAACUGAAAUAUAAAUCCGGAUCGAGCGGGAACAUGAGAUGGUUGCACGUGGAGGAGGCCGUGUACAGAGAAUUCUACCACAUGAAAUGCGAUAAAUCUUGGGAAAAUUAUAAGACCUUUAUAAAUCAUAUUGCGGAAAUUUACCCACAAUGA